AAAAACAUUGCAAGUACCCACGUAACACUUAUCACAGUGGAUUAUAAUCCUUCAAGUAACUCAUUGGACGAUAUGAUGUUAAGACGUUUUUUAGAAAUUCCUAGAAAAAUAUUCUACAGUUUUGCUCAAUGGUGUUAUAGGUCUGAUCGAUGAUCGCUAAUUAUAAAACAUCAAUCCGAUCAAACGAAAUGGUUUGGUUAGAGAACUCACAUACGCUUAAUGAGACUCUUUCGGUCCGUGACCACAGUACAGAAAAGGCUUUUCUGUGCAAAUAUGCACCAUUGUGAAUGGAGUUGAUAUCAAUAUCACAAGAUACCUCAUGUAAUAUCAUAGGGAUUGAUAUACUUCUUUUCGAUGUUUUGUUUUGUUGUUUUGUUUAAUGAGCUGCAUUAUUUUUCUUUGCUCCAAGGGAUCGAAAAUGCACGUUCUAUUCGUUAUUUUUCCAUUUGCCACUUUCCAAGCUGUUUGUAAUGGCUUAACGUACGGUGAACCUGAAGUAAACUAUCUUGCUGCGAACCCCUUUAGGGACGUACAUCGAAGACCGAAACGUUCAUUGGGUAUGUAUGCAGAGUUCAAUUUGUCCUGAUCGUUGAAAUUUCCGACCUCAGCCCUCGCUCAUCUUGUGUUUAUUCAUAGUGCCAGUAAUAAGCCUAUGAUUUUGCCAGUAAUAAGUCUGAUUUUGGUGAAGAAAUAUUUCUUCCAAGUUAAUGAGUUUCCAGCAGUUCAGCGUGAUAUAUUAAAGUUAAUCAAGAAAAUAUACUUAGUACAGUAAUAAGCACAGAGCCGGGAACAUGUAGUGAAUUCGGUAUCCUUCAUUAAAAUUUUGCAAACCUGAGCAAGAAGUCUGCAAGACAUGCUUAACGAUCAACAUUAGUAUGAAGAACAUACAACUAUUUAUUCUCAGGUUUGUUUCAGUAGUUUUAGCGCUUAGAAAUGUUACCAAUAUUGAGCAGGAAAUAAUUAACAAAGUAACUUUAAUUAAAGUAUUAGUGCUUGUGUUUGUUUGUAAAGAACUUCUUAUAUUUGAAAUCUAGUCCAAGAACUCGUUGGUCUCGGGUAAUCUGAAGGAACGGAAGAGCUUAACUCUUGAUCGGACUUUUUUCAGGAGCCAAAAUUCGCCACUUUAGAAACGAGAAGGAACCUGGGCCGAGUAAACUUUCGCAAAGGCUUCUGGGACUGCUGAUAGGGACAAAAAAGGAAAAACAAUUGACCAAUAGCUGACUGGCGAGUCCCCAAUAACGAUCCCAGAAAGUCUCCCAGAAACAAUUGCGGGACAUAUAUCGGCUCCAGUUCCCUUCUCGUUUCUAACGUGCAGAAUGGUUGUGUGGCUGCAGACCUCGAAAAUGUAGCCAAUCACAGUGAAGCAGUAAUGAGUGAACUACUGCGACGACGGCACAGAAAACGUCACGUUUUCGUUUAUUCAAGCUUCAAAGUCUUUCUUGUCAGGUGUGGGCGAAUUUUAGCGUAGUUAAUUAUCAACUUCUUAGAGACCACAUUCAAGAUAAAUAAAAGAAAUAAAAAUUCGCCGUCAUUCGUUCGCGUCCUCCACAAAACUAAAAGUGAAAUGAGGCAAUUUCAUUUCGUAGUCGUGUGUUGCCGGCAACUGACAAAUGUACAAAAAGGGUGGUGCACGUACAGUGUUUUUUUUUUUUUUUAAAUCAUAAACCAAUUGUUUCUUUUUUUUAAUACCAUGUCUCGCUGCAGCCGACGUCGUCCUUGCGAUAACUCCCUAUAUAAUAGAUGAUGCGGCUAUACUAGCCAUUUAACCUAAGGGCAAAUGGCUGUUGCCCAAGGGGAAGCAACUGUUCGUGUGACCGAUUUUCCCGAGGUCAAACUGCCUUGGGCAAAUUUCCAUGGAUACGAAAAAAGGAACAAAAGAAUUCCUCAUGGCAGUUCCUGACUCGUUGUCCUUUGCUCCCGAUAGAACCUCUAGCCUCUUCUCUUGCCUCAAGUUCUCUCUUGAAAAUAUCAAACAGAUGAUCUGCCAGUCAUCAUCUCCUAUUUCUUUUACAAAUCCUUAGAAUCUUAAGACAGCUUGUUCAUCAAGAUAGAUGACAGCAAACCCCCUUAAAUGAUUUACGAGAUUUACAAGAUACACAGAUCAUCAAGAUGGCUACAAGAACAGAAGACGGUUUUCCCACACUUCCCUAGAGCACUUGCGAACUCCUAAGCCUUACGUCAUCGAGCACAAACUUUUCACACAGAAAAUUUCCCGCGAAUCAGCAUUCAAGUAUUUUCUUCCCCUUGAGAAGUUUGUUGUCGUGUAACCGCAAACAUGAAAGUGAUCAUGACGCACAGCGAGCCCAACCCAAGCUAUUUUCCCCAAGGAAAGGUUUGGCAAACAGGUCUAAUGUCAAUGCACUUAACACGAGACUCAACAGCUGACCGUUGGUUGACCAUUACUGAGUGUGAUGAAAAUGGUAAACAAAAUUCAGGGAACCUGAUCUCAAUCGCUUCUCUGAUGAAUAUCUUAAUCGUUAUUUCUUAGUGUGUGGUCCAGGACAGGUCGACAAAAUGCCGGGAUCAUGUGCACUCUACAAAACGUUUGGAUUCUGCACUGCAGCUUUACUUACACCUUCCAUGACAACAAGUUGUCCCGUAACCUGUGGAUUCUGUGGUAAGGCGAAUUGAUCAACAAAUUUCAGAAUGAAAAUUAACAUAUCUGAGAAUUGAGCUUGGUUUCUGUAAUGGAGCAAAGUUACGCCGUAGUGAUCUUGAAAGUGGAUCGUCACAUAUUAGACACUUAGGUUUCUGUUACUCUUCUUCGCAUUGAGAACAGGUAUUCGGACAGUGGCGGGUGUAAAUAAGAGCGGAGACAGGACUGGAACCCACUGAGACGGAAGUAAAUAUUCAGAAGUAACAUGUAGCCGCCCUUUUUGUUUUCAGUGGCAAUAAUAGUAAUAGUAAUAAUAAUAAUAAUAAUAAUAAUAAUAAUAAUAAUAAUAAUAAUCGAAUAUUUAUCCAGGAUAACCCUUCAGUACCAAGUACUGUUAUCAGCGGGGUCCUGCUGACUAAAAAUUAAAAAUCUGAUAAAUACGAAUAAACAAAAAUUUCUAAAAAGAAAACCUACACAAGGCUAUAAAAAGUAACAAGUAAUAAGAAGUACUGAAGAAAAAUAGAUAUAUUAAAAGAAUAGGUUAAUAGGUUAAUAAUAAUAAUAAUAAUAAUAAUAAUAAUAAUAAUAAAUGUAGUCACUGAUAGUGAAAACUUAUGGCACUAAUUCACUACAUACUGAGGUAGCCUAAUACAUAUGUAUCUAGCCAGAUCUUUGAUAACGUUAUGAAAACUAAGAGUGAAACCAUUCUUUUUUUUCCUUCUCCUCCUUUGCUUCUCCUCGCUCUUUCUUUUUCUCUUUUCCUUUUCCUUUGUUACUACUAUGAUUUUGGAGCUUCUCGGGCUUCUCGUUAGGUUGGUUUUCAAAAAAUCGGGCUAGAUAUACAUAUUAAUUAUAAUAAUAACAAUAAUAAUAAAAAAACUUUAUUUAUAAAGCGCUUAACAGGGUUCAUAAAAAAAGAGAAAAUGAUAAAUUAAAAACUUACAUUGAAUGAUGAUAAAAAGAGCACCUGACAAAUUACAUAAGUUACAAUAAAAAUCCUGGGAUGGUCUGGUUCAAAGAGGAACUAAACCUUUUCGCCUGAAACUUAGUUGGCCUGGGCCCGAUUGCAUAAAACGUCCGUAACAACUACGGGUACACGUACGUGCACUCGUAACUUAAGUCAGUUGCAUGAAAUCACUUAAGUGGUCCACUUAGGGAAUUCACAUCGAAUAUUUAUCCAGGAUAACCCUUCAGUACCAAGUACUGUUAUCAGCGGGGUCCUGCUGACUAAAAAUUAAAAAUCUGAUAAAUACGAAUAAACAAAAAUUUCUAAAAAGAAAACCUGCACUAGGCUAAAAACCGUUAAAAACUACAAUAAAAAGUAACAAGUAAUAAGAAGUACUGAAGAAAAAUAGAUAUAUUAAAAGAAAAUUUCCAAUAGGUUAAUAAUAAUAAUAAUAAUAAAUGUAGUCACUGAUAGUGAAAACUUAUGGCACUAUUUCACUACAUACUGAGGUAGCCUAAUACAUAUGUAUCUAGCCGGAUCUUUGAUAACGUUAUCGCCAAAUGGAUCUUCAAAGUAGCUAUUAUGAAAACUAAGAGUGAAACCAUUGUUUUUUUUCCUUCUCCUCCUUUGCUUCUCCUCGCUCUUUCUUUUUCUCUUUUCCUUUUCCUUUGUUACUAUGAUUUUGGCGCUUCUCGGGCUUCUCGUUAGGUUGGUUUUCAAAAAAUCGGCUAGAUAUACAUAUUAAUAAUAAUAAUAAUAACAAUAAUAAUAAACUUUAUUUCUAAAGCGCUUAACAGAGUUCAUAAAAAAGAGAAAAUGAUAAAUUAAAAACUUACAUCUAAUGAUGAUAAAAAGAACACCUGACAAAUUACAUAAGUUACAAUAAAAAUCGUGGGAUGGUCUGGUUCAAAGAGGACUAAACCUUUUCGCCUGAAACUUAGUUGGCCUGAGCCCGGUUGCAUAAAACGCCCGUAACAACUACGGGUAUACGUACGUGCACUCGUAACUUAAGUGAGAUGUAUUAAAUCACUUAAGUGGUUCACUUAGGGAAUUCACUUAAGUGGUCGCACUUACGAUUUUCCUAAGUGUUCACUUAAGUAUCGUUUAUGCAACAGAAAUUGCGAGUGUUGCAUAAAACUUUUUUUAUGGGAAAAAUAGCACGUAAAUUUACAGGACCUAUAUAAGUCCCGUAUCGUUACUAAUCGCGGUUUUUGGAAAUUAAAUUGUUUUCUGUAAACUGUAACGUUUUCAAUUUAGAGAGAGACUGGGGCGAGAAGAAAACCAAGGAAUUAAAUACUUUACAAUACAAUAAAACAAAAUUUGAGAACUUAAAGGUUUGUAAACGUGGUGUUCUUCUAAAAUGUAAAAUUUUGCAUAAUUAAGGGCGCGGCUGGUCAUGUCACUUCAAAAAGUGCAAUGUCAGCACCAAAAAUUGCUUCUUUCAUCCGCGCUCAGUUAUAAUCAAACAUAAAGGGAGUGCGAAACAAAACAAGAAAAUAAGGUUGAAAGGCAGAUAUGAUCUUUUUCUCACGUUAGAUAUGCAAACUACCUCAGGUUCGUCAACUACCUAGUAUACGAAACUACAUUAACUAAAAAUACAUUAAAAUCUCAUCAACAACACCAAUCUACUCCAACCACUCCAAAGUCAAAAUGCGUUAUUAGCUAUGGAGCGAGUCCCAGAACUGUAUUUCAUGAAAGUAUCAUGCACAAUUUCACUUCAUAAGCAAGAAGAGAUAUUCAUAAAACUCUUUUGAAAAAAAUAAUUAAGCAACAAAGCUUGAUUAAUAUACAGGGUUGGAAAAUGUAUUUGAACUGAACUGACAAAAAAAGACAAAGAAUACACGGUUGUUUUGAAAUAAAUUCAAUGUUUCGGACUGCCAGGAGUUCACUGACUAAAAACAUGGUUCGAGUUAUGGAGGGUAAAAUUAUUUAGAAAUGACUUGAAGGAAAACAACACUUACUUCGAGUUAGCGAGAGGUUGGGGUUCAAGUAGAUCCCUUUUGAGACACCCUAAAUUAGCAGUAAGAUGAUAAGUUUCUAGCCUCUCUUUUGUUUUCAGUGCCAUGCAUACCAGACCAACGUCCGUUAUCGUUUUGUGCACGUUACAAAAUAUUUGGCUUUUGUGUAACAAGCGACCAGAGCAUUAAGCAAUUUAUGGAGACAAAUUGUUACACCACAUGUGGAUUUUGUAUCGGUAAGAUUCAGAACAAAUAAUAAUAAAAUAAUUAUAAUAAUGAUAAUAAUAAUCCCAUUAUGAUGAAGAUUGAUGGCGUUACUUCUACACUGAGGUAGCCUAGCUAAUGCAUAAUCAUUUUUUUCCCUCUGAAGAUAUCUACACCAACUACCUCAAGUACGUCCACCCCUUGAUUUAUCAGCAUAUCUAGAGUACUGGCUAAUGGGGAACUUGUGCAAAAAAUAUUUGGAUUGAAGUUAAUUCGUUUUCACUUCAUUGUUUUCAGUGCCUACAACCAUGCCUGCCCCGACAACGACGCCUGAAGGUAAGAAAGAGAUAUCUAUUAGGUAAUAACUAGCAGUAGUGAUGAUGAUGAUGGCAGAUGAUGAUGAUGAUAUAAUAAAACUGGAGAGACGAAAAUAUAACUAUUAAAUGCUUAUAGUACUAGUUAACAAGAAAAUUCCCUGUAUUUCAUUUGCAAAAAAAAAAUGGUUGAGGUCUAUUUAUUUUCAUUGUUUUCAGUGCCUACAACCAUGCCAGCACCGACAACGACACCUGAAGGUAAGAAAGAUAGAGAUAUUUAUUAAACAAAAACUAAGAAGCGAUGAUGAUGAUAUUUUAAAUUGGGGAAUCUCGUCUUAAGUUUAAAUGCAUACAUAUGCAGUGUUAAUUUAGGAGGAAGUUCCUGGUUUGUUUUGUUGCAAGAACAUUUGGAUUGAAGUUCAUUCGUUUUCACUUCAUUGUUUUCAGUGCCUACAACCAUGCCUGCUCUGACAACAAAACCUGAAGGUACUAAAGGGUUAUUUAUUUGACAAUAACUGACAGUGGGGAUGAUGGUGAUGAUAAUGAUGAUGAUGAUAAUGUUGACGAUCAUAAUGAUGAUGAUUAUGAUGAUGAUUGCAUAGUACAAUAGGAUAGAUGACAACAACAGUCGGAAAUGCUCAUGUUACUAGUUAAAAAAUAUCCUGUUUGCAAAUAUUAUUUGGAUUGCAUAUUGUUCGUUUUCACUUUUCAGUGCCUAGAACUAUGCCAUCACCGACAACAACUCCUGUAGGUAAGAGAGAUAUAUUUAUUAAACAAUAACGAAGGUAAUGAUGAUGAUAAAAUGAUGAUGAUGAUGAUGAAAUAAAACAGAAGAGACUCGACUUUAGUAUGAAAUAAAUACACGUGAAGUAUUUUAAGAAGGAAGUUCCUGGUUUGUCUCGUGCUAAAAAUAUUUAGAUUGAAGUUUUAUCGUUUUUAAUUCAUUGUUGUCAGUGCCUACAACCAUGCCUGCCCCGACUACAACGCCUGAAGGUAAGAAAUAGAUAUUUAGCACACAGUAAAUAUCUAGCACACACAUAUUUCGCACACAGUAAAUAUCAAUAAAUGUUCAGCUUGGAAUGUGGCGUGCCUCAGGGUUUCUCUCUAGGUCCCAUACUAUUUACGCUGUGUAGGAGUAAGCUCUUUGGGACCGUCAAAAAUCAUCUGCCUGAAGUUCAUUGUUAUGCAGAUGAUACACAGGCUUACAUUUCACUAGUCAGGCCAGCUUUCAGCCUAAAAAGGCACGGAAAAUCGCGGAUAUUCGUUUGUGGAUGACAAUCUUAAAUUGAACGACGACAGGAGGACUAAAUUUCUCAUUAUUGGCACACCAUGACAGCUGGAAAAGGUCGACAUCACAAGUAUCCGUGUGGUUAACCCUGACCUUCAUCCCAUUCCCACUGCAAGGAAUCUCGGUUCAUGGUUUGACUCUGGGCUGUUCAUGUCUAAAUAAACAUAUUACAAAGAUCUGUGGCUCUGCAUUUUUCUAUCUGAACAACAUACGACGCAUCAGGAAUUAUCUCUCACAAACGUCGACCGAGAUACUUAUUCAUGCAUUCGUAUCCAGUCGUCUUGACUACUGCAACAGGUUAUUACAUGGCCUGCCUAAUUUCUUACUAAAUAAGCUAUAACGUGUACAGAAUGCUUGUGCUUGACUGAUUUUUAAUGAACGCCGCUUAUUAUGGAGUUACACUGGUUACCAAUAAGAAUAGAAUUGAGUUUAAAAUUCUUUUGAUUACUUUUAAGAUUCUUCGUGGUUUAGCCCCGUCUUAUUUAUCAUCUCUUAUUAGGCUUAGGCGUCCAUCGCGAUACAAUCUUAAAAAUUCAAAUGAUAAUCUUUUACAGUGGAACCCCGCCUUACGGCCACCUCGGUAAUAAAGUCACCUCGUUAUUACGGCCACUGUUUUUGGCCGCCCUGCAAAACGACCAUACAUUUUCUUGUAAAAAAAACCUCGUUAAUACGGUCACCCGUUAAUACGGCCAAUUUUUUUGCCCCAUUGGUGACCGUUUAACGGGGUUCUACUGUAGCAAUAUAGAUGAUGACAAUAUAAUGAAACUGGAGAGUCUUGACAACAGUCAAAAUUCCAAAUACAUGUAAUAUUAUAGUUUAGAAGGAAUUACCCUGUUUGUUCUGUGCCAAAAAAUAUUUGGAUCGAAGUUUAUGCGUUUUCAAUUCAUUGUUUCAGUGCCUACAACCAUGCCUGCCCCGACAACUACCCCUGAAGGUAAGAAUUAAAGAUUUAUUUAUUACAUAAUAACUAAAAGUAGGGAUGAUGAAAAGGAAAUAUAUGACUGCUUACUUCAAAUCCUUUAAUUUCACAACCAAACGACUAUCCUGAUCUACCUACCUUAUUAGGAUAAAUGCAACAUAUUCAAAAUCGUCCGUACUUCACCCACUUGUUAUCUUUACAAUCAUCUUAAUAGUGACUUGUAAGCCUCUGAAUUAUAUUCUGUAUUCCAGUUAAUCUCAGCAAUGUUUUUAACGUAUUAUAAACCUUUCUUCUUAUAUAUUUAUAUAAGCUUAAAUAACUUUUUGUUGACCUGUUUAUAUAAUACCAUUUGAAGUGCGUAUUUUGUUUUAUAUGGACACUACUCACCUAGACUAGCGUUUGUUAUUUGUGGGCAGUGAGAAAAUUAAAUUGUAAAUAUCUUAAUAAACCAAUAAAUUAAAUGAAACUGAUGGUGAUGAUCAAAUAAUGCAAAUGGAUAGACGUCCACAUCAGUCUUCAAUGUUAAUGCUUUUAAAUAAAGAGGAACUUUGCAGUUUGUCUUGUGCAAAGAAUAUUUCGAUUGAAAAUUUUUUCUACUUUUUCCGUUUUUUUUUCAGUGGCUACAACCAUGCCGACGACGAUACCUGAAGGUAACUGAAAUAGAGUUCAUGGUGAUUCUGAUGAUGUUAAAAUAAAACCGGGGAGUUUAGACGGGCAUCAGUUUGAAUUGCAUACAAGAAAGUGUCUGGUUUGUCUUGUGCAAAGAUUAUCUGGAUGAAACCAUUUUUCAUUUAACUUCAACGUUUUCAGAGCCUACAACCGCGCCUCCCCCGACAACGACGCCUGAAGGUAAAAAAAGAGAUAUUUAUUAAGCAACAACUAAGGUAAUGAUGAUGAUGAUGAUGUAAAAGAGGAUUCUCGAAAUCAACACGAAAUGCAUAUACGUGUAUAGUAUUAUUUAAGAAGGAAGUUCCUGGUUUGUCUUAUGCAAAAAAAAUAUUUUGCUCGUUUUUACUUCAUUGGUUUUAGUGCCUACAACCAUGCCCGCCGUGACAACGACACCUGAAGGUACGUAAGAAAGAGAUGUAUUUAGCACACAGUAACUAACAGUAGGGGUGAUGAUGAUGUAAUACAAUUGGAUAGACGAAAACAUCAUUCUAAAAUGCUUAUGUUUAUUCAUUUUCAAUGUUUUUAGUGACUACAACCAUGCCUGCCCCAACAACGACACUUAAAGGUAAGAACGAAAUAUAUUUAGCGCACAGUAACUAACAGUAGGUUCGAUGAUGAUGGUGCUGAUGAUGAUGAUGAUGAUGAUGAUGAUGAUGAUGAUGAUGAUGAUGAUAUAAUACAAUUGGAUAGACGAAAGCAUCAGUCUAAAAUGCUUAUGGUACUAGUUAAGAAGAAAAUUCCCAGUUUGUCUUAUACAAAGACUAUUUGGAUUGAUGUUUAUUCAUUUUCGUUGUUUUUAGUGCCUACAACCGUGCCGACACCGACAACGACCCCUGAAAGUAAGAAAGAAAUAUUUAUUAAAUAAUGACUAAAUUAGCAAUGUAGAUAGUGAUUAUAUUAUAAAACUUGAGUGUCUCGACAUCAGUCUAAAUUGCAAAUACAUGUAGUAUUAGUUAAGAAGAAAGAUCCCAGUUUGUCUCGUGCAAAAAAAUAUUUGGAUUGAAGUUAAUUCGUUUCUACUUCAUUGUUUUCAGUGCCUACAACCAUUCCAACACCGACCACGACACCCGAAGGUGAGAAAGAAAUAUUUAUUAAACAAUAAUUUACAGUGCGAAAGAUGAUGAUGGUGGUGAUGAUAAACACUCAGUUUGAUACAAUACAAAUGGAUAGGCGACUACAUCAGUCUGUAAUGUUUAAUAUACUUCUAAUUAAAAAGGAAAUUCCCAGUUUGUCUUAUGCAAAUAAAAUUUGAACUUCGCUGUUUUCAGUGCCUACAACCAUGCCAACACCGACAACGUCGCCUGAAGGUAAGAAUUGGUAAUAUUCAUCAAACAAUAUGAUAAUUAACAGUUAAUGAAUGAGGCUGAGUAUCUUAUGAAGAAUUAUGGAGAUCGAGGAGGGUGUUAUCCGUCGAGGCCGUAGGCCGAGGCGGAUAACACCCUCCGAGAUCUCCAUAAUUCUUCAUAUGAUACGAAAGCCGAAUUCAAUAACUGUUUUAUUAUUCAUUCAAAAUAAUUCCUAGUUUAAAAACAUAGCUAAAACAUGCUUACCUCCAUCGAUCAAUCGAUGUUCAGUUCAUCUUCGAUAGUGUACGUUUAGGUUUGUCCAGCUCCGCAAAUAUUCUCCAAAUAGCAGAUGUCGCCCUUCGAGUUGUCUUCUUGCUGUUCUUGCCAUGUUUUUAGCUAUUUUUUCGCCUAGUUCUUACUCUUGAAAGGAGUGAAAUGUCCGCCAUUUUUUCAAGUUCACAACCAAAACAACUCAACCUCGUCCCCAGGUCCUCUCGGUUAACGGUGCCUUAACCUGCACGAACGCUGCAUUUUUGACGUCAUUUCCUCGUUAAAGUCAAAUUUCUUCCAAAUUUGGUCAUCGGUAACUGGUUAUGGUAAAUUAAACGUGAGCUUUUAGCCAUCAGAAUCGAGGAAAUAUUUUGAAUGAAUAAUAAUUAGAAAUUAUUGAAUGAGGCUGAGUAGGAUAUGAAGAAUUCUGCAGAUCAAGGAGGGUGUUAUCCACCGAGGCCGAAGGCGGAGGUGGAUAAAACCCUCCGAGAUCUGCAGAAUUAUUCAUAUCCUGCGAUAGCCGAAUUCAAUAAUUGCAUUAUUAUUCAUUCAAAAUAAUUCCAACUUUAAAAACAAGCUAAAAAUGCGUACCUCGGUCGAUGUUAAGUUCACAUCGAUACUGCAUCUUUUUCGGGAAAUUUAGCAGAUAAAGGUCUGCUCAGGUCUGCAAAUAUACUCCAAAUAGCAGAUGUUGUCCCUCGAGUUGACUUCUCGCUGUUCUUGCUAUGUUUUUUGACAAUACUUCGCCGUGAAACGAGUACAAUGUCCGCCCGCCCUUUCCGCCAUUUUUUUUAAACCGAUGACGUCAUUUUGACGUCAUCGGUUCAAUAUGACAGUUCAGCCGCUGGUUAUGGUGAAUUAUGCGUGUGGUUUUACCCAAUCAGAAACAGGGAAAUAUUUUGAAUGAAUAAUAAUGAUGAUUAAUACUUCUUGAGAGACGAAAAUAUCAGUCCGAAAUGCUUAUAGUACCAGUUAUAAAGAAAAUUCUUAGUUUGUCUUGCCCGAAAACUAUUUGGAUUAGGGUCGUUGUGUUCAGUGCCUACAAGUAUGCCAGCAACGACAACGACGCCUGAAGGUAAGAAAGAAGUAUCUAGUACACAAUAAUUAAUAGUAGGGAAGAUGGUGAUAGUGAUGAUAAACACGAUAAUAUAAUACAACUGGAGAUAGGACUACAUCGUUCUGUAAUGUUUAUACUUCUAAAUAAAAAGGAAAUUGCCAGAUUUGUCUUCUGCAAAUAAUAUUUGAACUGAGUUUUUUGUUUUUGUUUUGUUUUUUCGUUGUUUCAGUGCCUACAACCAUGCCAGCACCGACAAAGACGCCUGAAGGUAAGAACUGGUAAUAUUUAUUAGGAAAUAACAGGCCGUAUUGAUGACGAUAAUAAUAAUGCGAUGAUGAUGAUGAUGUUGACGAUGAUGAUGAUGAUGAUGAUGAUGAUGCCUAACACUUCCAAAGAGACGAAAAUAUCAAUCCGAAAUGCUUAUAGUACUAGUUACGAAGAAAAAUUCUAGUUUUAUCUUGCGCAAAAAAUAUUUGGAUGGCGGUUUAUUUAUAUUCAUUGUUGGCUGUGCCUACAACUUUGCCAGCACUGACAACGACUCCUAAAGGUAAGAAAGACAAAACAAUAAGUAAAGUAGCGAUGAUGGUGAUGAUGAUGAUGAUCGUGAUAUUAUAGAACUGAAGAGUCUCUAUAUCUGUCUAAAUAGCUAAAACUUGUAGUAUUAGUCAAGAAGGAAUUCCCAGUUUGUCUAGUGCAAAAAAUAUUUGGAUUCAAUUUUUUUUUCAUUGUUUUUAGUGCCUACAAGCAUGUCUUCCCCGACCACAACGCCUGAAGGUAAGAAUUAGUAAUAUGUAUUUAUUAGACGGCAUUAAUGAGAAUGAUGAUAAUGAUGACGACGAUGAUAACGAUGAUGAUGGCUAAUACUUCUGGGGAGACGACAGUAUCAGUCCGAAAUACUUAUACUUUACUCGUUAAGAAGAGAAUUAUUGGGACUAAGGUUGAUUCGUUGUUUUCAGUGCCUACAACCGUGCCAACACCGACAACGACGCCUGAAGGUAAGAAAGAAGUAUCUAGUACACAAUAAUUAAUAGUAGGGAAGAUGGUGAUACUGAUGAUAAACACGAUAAUAAAAUACAACUGGAGAUUGGAGAUACGACUACAUCGUUCUUAAUGUUUAUACUUCUAAAUAAAAAGGAAAUUCCCAGUUUGUCUUCUGCAAAUAAUAUUUGAACUGAGUUUUUUGUUUUUGUUUUGCUUUUUCGUUGUUUUCAGUGCCUACGACCAUGCCAGCACCGACAAAGACGCCUGAAGGUAAGAAUUGGUAAUAUGUAUUGGAUAAUAACCGACCGUAUUGAUGAGGAUAAUGAUAAUGCGAUGAUGAUGAUGAUGAUGAUGAUGAUGAUGAUGAUGAUGAUGAUGACUAACACUUCUAAACAGAUAAAUAUCAGUCCGAAAGGCUUAUAGUACAAGUUAAGAAGAAAAAUUCUAGUUUUAUCUUGCGCAAAAAAUAUUUGGAUUGCGGUUUAUUCAUUUUCAUUGUUGGCUGUGCCUACAACUGUGCCAGCACCGACAACGACGCCUGAAGGUAAGAAAGACAAAACAAUAAGCAAAGUGGCGGCGAUGGUUAUGAUGAUGAUCACAAUAUUAUAGAAAUGAAGAGUCUAGAUAUCAGUAUAAAUUGCAAUAUUUGCAGUAUUAGUUAAGAAGGGAUUCCUAGUUUGUCUAAUGCGAAAAAUAUCUGAAUUUAAAUUUUUUCUUUUUCUUUUUUUUUUCCAUUUAUUGUUUUUAGUGCCUACAAGCAUGCCUUCUCCGACAACAAUGCCUGAAGGUAAGAAUUAGUAAUAUUUAUUUGACCGCAUUAAUCAGAAUGAUGAUAAUGAUGACGACGAUGUAACGAUGAUGAUGGCUAAUACUUCUGGAAAGAAGACAGUAUCAGUCCGAAUUACUUAAUAUACAUUACUCGUUAAGAGAAUUUUUGGCACUAAGGUUUAUUCGUUGUUUUCAGUGCCUACCAUCAUGCCAGCACCAACAACGACUCCUGAAAGUAAGAAAGACGAGAGAAUGACUAAAGAAUAUCUAAAGUAGCGAUGAUGAUGAUGAUGAAGUUGAUGAUGUUGAUGAUGCUAUGAUAAAACAGGAGAGUUUAGACAGACAUCCGUUUGAAUUUCAGGAGGAAGUUCCAGGUUUGUCUUGUGCAAAGAAUAUUUGAAUUGAGGCUUAUUCGUUUUCACUUCAUUGUUUUCAGUGCCUACGACUAUGCCAGCCCCGACAACGACGCCUGAAGGUAAGAAAGAAAUAUUUAGUACUCAAUAA